AAGAAUUCAGCUCAGUGGAUUCAGGAAGUGCAGAAGUUGUUGUGAAGAAGGGGAUUGAGAAACAGCAUCGGAAUAUAAAGUGAUGGCUAAACCCAGAAUGUCUUCCAUUGACGGGAAGUUGGCUGAAGAAUUUGCCGUUCCCUCCCAUGUCGAUGAGGUCAAAGAGAAGAUGGCCGCUUUCGCCAGGCAUCAUGCGGCAGCAGGUCGCAGGGUGGUUCUCAUCACAUCAGGUGGAACCAAAGUGCCCCUCGAGUCCCGCACCGUCCGUUUCCUCGAUAACUUCAGCAGCGGCAGACGAGGAGCCUCCUCAGCAGAGUAUUUCAUAGACUCGGGCUACGCCGUCAUCUUCCUACACAGGCAUCGCUCCCUUUACCCCUACACACGGAUGUUCUCAAACGUAAACAUGCUGGACGCCCUGAACUUCAGCGGUGGAGAAGGAGCCUCCAGUAACUCUGGUGAAGUGGUGGUUAACCAGCAGGUGUUUCCCAACAUUGCCAAAGCUCUGAAGCAAUACCAGGAAGUGAAAGAAGGCAACCUCCUUCUGCCCAUUGAGUUCAGCACUUUGUCAGAGUAUCUGCAUCUACUGAAAGCAGCAGCACAGGCACUCAGCACAAUAGGAUCCAAGGCCAUGUUUUACUUGGCUGCAGCGGUGUCUGAUUUCUAUAUCCCAGCGUCAGAGAUGCCUGAACACAAAAUCCAGUCUUCCAAUGGACCUCUUCAACUCAGCUUGAACAUGGUCCCUAAGAUACUGUCCCCGCUGGUGAAGGACUGGGCACCUCAAGCUUUUGUCAUAUCCUUUAAGCUGGAGACAGAUGCAACCAUCCUGCUGGAUAAAGCUCGACGGGCUCUGGACACCUACAGGCACCAGGCGGUGGUGGCCAACGCGCUGGACUCUAGACGGGGCUACGUGGUGGUGGUGACCCCCGAAACUCAGGCUGAGCUGAUCAUCACAGACGAGGACGUGAAGAAUGAAGUGGAGAUCGAGGAGAGGAUAGUGAGCAACCUGACGUCGGCACACAACAAGUUCAUAACUCAACAGGGAGGUUGACAGAGAUCGUCCACGCUGCAUGUUUGAGUCAAUGGCGCGGCUGUACCUCGUUGUCUGUGCUCUUCCCACAUCCUGAGUUUGGCUUCGAGUCCUAAUUGCCUGUUCUGCUGUCUUACUGUAUAUGCUGUAAGGUUGCAUAACUUUAGUAAAAAUGAUA